AACCAACCUCAUCUUGACACAAAGGGAGGUCAUCUCCAGAAUGUGUAGACCCAGUCGCCUUCUCAGCAGAACACUUGCUGAAGAAUGCAUUGCGACGCAAGAGAUGACGAGAAGUGCCAAGGCUGUCACGUGCAAGUGAGACGUGAACGACGGGGCGGCUCAACGUCAGCGGGAACAGAGUGGACAGCAAGCUUUCCAGGGGUUUGGCUGCCACAUUUCGAGCUUCUGAAUCAAUGCAGGAAUAUUCAAUUAUCAUCAAACAACAUGCAGGAAAUGCCUGGUCAAGCAGAAAUCCCACACUGAAGCAAAAGUCCGGAAAGUUCAAAGUGUAAACAAAGAAUGGCCGAACAUCCUCGUUCAAGCCCUGGUCCAGGGCAACACAGAGAUCAAAGUCCAUCCCUGUCGCGAAACCUCGACCGUCUUUCUCUGGCAAGAUCAAAUUCUCCAGCUGAUCGCAGAAGUGCUUCUCGAGUCGCUUCGAGUCCGAUAACAUCAAACUUCCGAUCAACUACUCCUAGCGCAUACGAAUCACCACAUGCUCUGCGCAGAGCAUCCAGUUCGAUGAGCCAAGCAGGAACUCCUCCUAGGCGCAAAUCGUCCAUGUCUUCUCUUCGGAGCAUGACUAACCAGACUUCUCCCGCUGGCUCUCCGCGUAGAGGCGAUCGAUCUGGCUCGAUGACCAGUUCCUAUUCGCACACAGUUAUCGAGGAGCCACCUCCGCUAAGCGCAGCGCAGGUCGCAUCGGCACAUUUCGCACAGGAACUUGCUUUGCACGACUUGGACACCACGACUGCGCAGGUGGCAGUAAUUCUUCACGAUGCUUGCUACGGACACAGAUUCUCGAGACCAAAGACGUCCAAGGGUAUGCUAAGUAUGAUCGUCGAGAGGCCGGAGCGCGUACUGGCUGCUGUUCUUGGACUUGCUAGUGCAUACGUUCGCCUUGGAUCGAGACAUGCGGGAGGUCAACAUGCUCCACAUCCGGACAAACAACCAGAUUCGCGCAUUCCCUUCAGGAUCAAGAAGACAUCCCGCGCUGUGCCCCUCACUUCAGCGUUCAUUUCUGCUGUUCAUGGGACUGAAUGGAUGAAGGAGCUUGAGACGAUGUGUAAUGUCGCGGGUGAAAAGCUGGCAUCGCACAUGAAGGAGUUGGCUAGGCCUGAAGUUCCGGGUGCGACUACGCAAAAGCAGCCUUUCCAUGAAGGUGACCUGUAUCUCUGCUCCGAGUCUCUUAACGCACUCCAAGGAGCGGUGGGUGGUGUUUGCGAAGCAGUCGAUACGAUUUUCUCCAGCAUUCCCACAUCUCCAAGACGUGUCUUUGUUGCCAUUCGUCCCCCUGGUCAUCAUUGCUCUUCGGACUUUCCCUCUGGCUUCUGUUGGAUCAACAACGUACAUAUUGGUAUCGAGUAUGCCGCGCAGACUUAUGGUUUGACGCACGCCGUCAUCUUGGACAUCGACUUGCACCAUGGUGAUGGAUCGCAGGACAUUACUUGGGAGAGGAACAUGAAAAGCGCGAGGAUGCCAAAGAGCGCUUCCUUCACGAAAAAGACUGCCAUUGGAUAUUACAGCAUGCAUGAUAUCAAUUCGUACCCCUGCGAAGACGGUGACAAGGACAAAGUCACCAAUGCCAGUGUCUGCAUCGAUAAUAUCCACAACCAAUCUAUCUGGAAUGUCCAUUUGGAAGCUUGGAGAACAAUGGACGAGUUUUGGGCUUUGUACGAAACGAAGUACUCGAUUCUGUUGGAGAAAGCUCGAACUUUCUUGAGAAGACACUCUCAAACAAUCAAAGACUCUCACAAACAGGCACCGCCCAAAGCUGCCAUCUUCAUUUCGGCUGGCUUUGAUGCGAGCCAGUGGGAGGGUGCAGGUAUGCAGCGACAUGCAGUCAAUGUGCCUACAGAGUUCUAUGCUCGUUUCGCGAAAGACGUUGUCAAACUUGCCCAAGAAGAAGGAACGGGCGUUCACGGGCGCGUCAUAUCAGUCUUGGAAGGCGGGUAUAGUGAUAGAGCCCUUUGCAGUGGUGUUCUCAGUCACAUAUCUGGACUUUGUCAAGAUCCAAAUGCAGUAGCAACCAACGGCGUCCACACACAGCCCGCCGAUGAUGAUAUUGCAAGCGCGAUGCAAAGCAUGAACAUCUCUAGUCCUGCCAAUGGUCUCUCACAUUGGUCACCUGAGUACGAUCCGAGCUGGUGGGACGUCAAGAAUUUGCAUGCGCUGGAGACACAUGUCACACCGCCCCCACCGCCUGCUCCUACGAGGACACAGCGUACUGCCAUGCCCACGUAUGCCACACCAACGCAGUCGUUUACUGGCAAAGUUGUCGACCCUCUCAAGUUCCAGAGAUCAAUCUCGGGCACAAUGCGACCGAUGUCACCCAGACCUGCUGGUCUGAGAGCACCACCCGAGGUUGAUUGGAUCGUUGCUGUGCACGAGCUAAGCAAACUCAUCAUUCCUUCAGAUCGUCAGACCAGAAGUCAUGCACCAGAGGAUCUCGCUCCAGUCAGAGUCAAGAAGGAUAGACUAUCCGCACCAGUGGCUGCACCAGCCGAGCAGGUCGUGGGUGGUCGCCAGCUCCGGACUAGAAAGCCAAAGGGGGCUGGCACAGUCAGUCCACCGACCGAAGCAGACAUGUCGACCAAGCUGCCUCCAAUCGAUCUUGCCAGGCGCCAGACGAUCGCUGACAUCCCCAAGUUCAUUGACGUACAGCCUGUGCCCACGACACUUGGUGGACCAAAGAGAAUGACAAGAAGGACUAGCAACCUAUUCGACUUGAAGUCCGAGGACACGGAUGUACCUUCUGUACCAGCCAUACCUGCCCAACCACCGCUUAGCCCAAGAAAGGCGCGUGCGAAGGUUCCAAAACUUCCAUCGCCUGGAGAGUUACCAAAAAAGGAAGAGCUUCCCGUCAAGCAAGAAUAUCCGGUCAAGAGAGAGCAAGAGAAUGUACCUCUUGUGAAGCUAGAAACUCGCAUGGCGCGACCCGAGCCAAAGCGUUUUCCGUCUGAGGCUUCCAUCCCGACUGCAAUGCCUCUUACAAUCGACUAUACGCGACCUAUCAAUCAUAUCGAACCUCUACGACCAGCUGGGAUUAAGAGAAUUCACCUGAAAGUGGGGACAAGAGAGGAGCAUGAUCGUCGAGUCAGGGAGAUGGAGGAGAAGUCGAAGACAAAUGCGGAGUCUAGAUUUGUUCAGGGAGAUACGGUGGUAUUCCAACGGCCAGUCGAGCCAGUACGUUCAACUUCCGAGCAAUACGGCGUCAAGGUUGAGGAGUCCGAUGCGGAGUUUGGUGCCGCUCCGACAGCAGAGCAGCAACUUCUACGCAGACAACCAGCUUCUGUCUCCAAGACUGUGCCUUCGGAGUUGACACAUAGAGAGUCGCCAUUGUAUCUUGACCUGGAACCGUCUAUCAAGCAAAGUACACCACAGCCGCCUAUCGACCCCCUUGCUGUACCUGCUCAGCAUCCUUCACCACAGUCGUUCGGACCUCAACAAGCGAUGCAGCAGCAUACACAGGAGGUGCAACCGAUUGAGCCACAAAAGUUGACGGACCAGCUGACUGCUCCGCAACGACCUCCACCACCACAGCAGCAAGAACGUCCUAUCGAAGCACAGAGACAAACCUUUUUCAAUCCAUCCUAUACUCACCCACAAAACAGCCUCCCAGUCUUCUCCAGCACUGGAGCAAUUCCAUUUGCGACAGCUCAAGGCAGACCUAAUGGUCCGAACCCAGUGUCUGGACAUGGUGACGGAGUGUCGAGAUCGAUGCUUGAAGGUAUGCCCGCACUAUCGAAGGUCGUCACCCCUGACGACGUGGACAUGAUGGAUUUGGACAGUCCAGAGAAGAGAAGAGAUGUAAAAGGCGAGAGAAUUAUCCCUGAGACACCUCAGCACUAGAAGGCUGAAGAUGGAACUCACAAGUCAUGCAAGAGAGAGGCACAGGGUGGAACUGGUAUAGGAGCGGGCUCGAUGUCUUCUUUUCUUUCAUGAUACCCCUAGAUUAAUGAAACCGAACGUACACCUCAUCCAAGCAUCAUCGAACUGAGACAUGAGCCGGAAGCGGAAGUGAAUUUGGAGGGGCAGACUUCCCAAAGUGGCAAGGCGUCGGAUGGGAACGCGAAAUGUGCGCGUCUAGAAUUCCGUCAUGACCGAGGCAGCUACCACGACUUCUGUAUACCGCUGUCGCUACACAAAUCGCC